AUGGCAGAACUAUCCGACAAGAAGGUCAAGGCCGUCGAACCGACAGGCGAUGACGACCGCCAAGUAACACUAGCACACACCACCGCCGAAGUCGUUCUUACCAAAGAUGGCUUCGCUGUUCAUCCUCAGCCCGUGCAGGGCGACCCGCUGGAUCCCUUGAGCUGGUCCUCCCUCCAGAAGCACACCAUCCUCGCCAUUGUCAUGUCCCUCUACUUCAUGUUCACCUACAUCACCACCACAACCGUCCCCUCCUUCCCCGACCUCGAAGCCCACUACUCCGCCACCGCCGAAGAAAUCAACUGGACCGUCGCCAUCCCGGCGCUCGGCCUCGCCUUCGGCCCCCUCCUCUGGUCCUCCCUCGCCGACAUCCUCGGCCGCCGCCCCAUCUUCCUCCUCGGCACCGCCAUCGCCCUCGCCUCGACCGCCGGCGCCGCCGUGGCCCCCACCUACGCCAGCUACGCCGCCGCGCGCUUCUUCCAAGGGCUCGGCGUCAGCCCCGCCGCGACCGUCGGGCUCGCCAUCAUCAACGACGUUUUCUUCGCCCACGAGCGCGGGCAGAAGGUCGGGCUGUGGGUGCUCGCCAUCGAUACGGGGUUGUUGGCGGGCCCGCUGGUCGGCGGGUUCGUGCUGCACGCCGGCCAUGCGUGGCUGCAGUGGCAUUGCGCGGUUUUGUUUGCGGCCAUUCUUGUGGCGGAGGUUUUGUUCCUCCCCGAGACGCUGUAUCCGCGCGAUUUGAUGCUGAGUCGGAUGAGGGCCGGUGGUGGGGGCGGUGCGGCCAUGCGGCGGAAGGGGGGGUCGGCUACGGAUGAGAUGCUGCCCGAGGCGGUGGACGAUCACGAAAAGGGGUUGGUGGAUGUGGGGGCCGACGUGAGGAGAACGAAGACCCUGAGGUUCGUCCAUGGCACGCCCCUCCCCGGGAUGAAGCAUCCUAAGCCUUGGGAUACGGUGGUGCGGUUCGUCAAGACGUUCAAGUAUGCCGUCGUUCCCUUGACCGUGGGCACCUACUGCUUUGCGUGGUACUGGUGGGUGUUGUCGGUCAUCACGCUGGUGCCUGUCGCCUACGGUGACUUUUCGCCGCAGUCUCAGGGCCUCCUCUUCAUCGGCCUCAUCGUCGGUACCCUCAUCUCCGAAGUGCUCUGCUCUGGUACUCUGAGUGACAGGCUCGUGAUCAGGCUGGCCAAGCGCAACGGCGGUGUCAAGACGCCCGAAAUGCGGCUCUGGCUGGCCUACCCGGCGGCGAUCCUCACGGCAGUCGGGCUGAUCCUGUGGGGUGUCAGCGUGGAUAAGGGGCAUCACUGGAUGGUGGGCCAAGUCGCCUUUGCUCUGUUCGGCGCGGGCAUCCAAAUGGGCAACACCGCAGUGUGCUCGUACAUCGUGGACGCCUACCCCCUCCAAAGCAUGGCGGUCAUCGUGUUUUACGCCUUUUCCCUCAACCUCUCCGCCUUUGUCGAUCCCUUCUUCAUCCUUCCCUGGCUCGACAACGUCGGCUUCACCUGGACCAUGGCGGGGCAUGCCAUCAUCACCAUCGUCUUUUGCGUCCCCAUAUUUGCUCUCGUGCAUGUGUAUGGGGGUCGGCUGCGCGAGAAGAACGGGGAGCCCGAUUGGGUUAACCCGGAGUUUGAUCACGAUAUUGUGACGGAAGAUGUGGUGGUGGGUGAGAAGGAGGGCUGA